AUAAAAAAUUUUUCAAGUUUAUGAUUUAUUAUAUUAAUUUCAUUACUUUCAAUUAUAUAUUAUUAAUAAUAGUCAAGAUGCAGAAUGAUUAUAAUCUUUGUAAAUUUUCAAAAUUUAAGUAUACUGCAGGAGAAACAAUGGGAAAUUGGGGAUUUUCUAACAGAAUUUCAAAUUCUGGUCAAGAACUUAAACGUUUAAGAUGUCUAUUUAACAAAAUGGAUUCUAUGAGAACCACAAAACCAAUGAUGUGUGUAAAAUAUAAUUAUUUAUAUGAUCCAGAAGCAUGGGGUACAAAACCUAGUCCUGAAGAAUGUAAACCAAUUUGGAUGACCUUUCCUAUGAGUCGACCUCUUAUUACGUAUAGUUCUACUGCUACUAUAUUAUUGGCUUCAAAUUUAAAUGAGAUUCGAACAGAUUUGCUUUAUCCUAUUCCAGGUCGAAGUUAUGUAUUACAGGGUACAGAUAAAUGGUAUCGAUAUAGACAAUGCAAUGUACCAUGUCCUACGCCUCGAUGUAAUUAAUAGCAGAUAUUUAUGUUCAAAACUAAUAAUAAUGUAUAUACAAAUAA